AUGCAGAUUGAAAAUUUUGUAUCAGACGGGCCCCUAAAGAAAACAAGCGAAGUUGAUGCCAUCUCGUUGGAAAAGAAGACUAUGUCAGAAAAACUUAAAAACAUCAAGGAAGUAAAGGAUGUUCGGAAGGUUCAUGUAUCUUCUGGUUAUGGAAAAGGAAAAGUUAAUAUCAUUUCGGAAGAGGAUACUAAGGAAGAUCCUGUGAUGACUGAGUUAGAAAAUGAGGCACGAGAGAAAAGGGAUAAAGAGCUUGAUGAACUCAAUGCCCUCAAGGAUAAGCAUUUAUACUCUACAAGUGCUCUGAACUCCAUUCUUGAAAGGGCUAAAGCGAACAGGACCAACUCAGUUGUAGAUGUCAAAUAUGUUUCGGACAUGAUUCAUUGGUAUGUAUCUAUCCGGGCAACCCUUCCGAAGAUUAUGCCAAAGAUUUUAGACACAAAGGCGGAGAUUGUUGAGUCAUAUUUUAUGUUGUGUCAAAUGGUUGUGUUCAGAAUUUUGUGUUGUUCCAAUUCUGAAAUAAGCAUGUUUGUUUUUUAA